AUGUAUUCAUUUGCCAGCAAAAUCUAUAAAAGUGUAAUCGGAAAUUUUGAGGAACAAACAUCCGAAGAGGAUGAAAAUUCCAAAGACCAAACCUCUUCAAGCGAGCAAGCGAGUGUAAAAGUUUCAGAAACUUCAAAUAAUCACAAAGAAUUUGCGGUUCCAGCCCCUGUACCAAAAAUGCAAGUUUCAAAUUUUAACGGCACAACAUUGGAUGAUGUUGCAGAAUUCCCAAGCAAUGACAGUCCACAACGUGCCAAAAAACGUACACCACUCGAGAAAGCUAAUAAACUACGACAAAAAAUAGCUCUAGAACCCGGUCAUUCUCCUUUAGAUUGGGCAAAUUUGACUAAUAGUGGAGCUAACCUUCGAGGAGUUUCGGAAAUUAAAAAGUAUACAAUCGACGAAGUCAAUCAUCAUAAAACUAAAGAUGAUGCAUGGACGGUCUUUAAUGGCAAAAUUUAUAACAUUACUCCAUAUAUCAAAUUUCAUCCUGGAGGUGAAAAAGAGUUAAUGAGAUCAGCUGUGUCAACACAUUCAUGGAUAAAUUACGAAUUCAUGCUGGAAAAAUGUUUUGUCGGUUUUUUAGCAGGAGAGCAGCGUAAUUUAUUAAUCUAA